AUAUAUGCUCACUCAUAUUAAUAUGCAUAAGGAAAAUAUUAGAAAUUAACUUAAGACUCAAUUGUUUGGUAAACAAGGACUUAGAAUUAGAAGAUCUGUUGAUAUUGAAAAUGUAAUUAUACAAUAGGAAUAAGUAUAAUCAGCAUAACGAUUCAAAGAUGCAUAUGUAUUAUAGGAAUAGAUAGGUACUGCAUAUAAAUUAUAUUAUAGGUGAAGGAGCACAUUCUGUUGUUAGAAAAUGUUAUAAAAUACCAAAAUAAAGAAGUACAAAGUCAUUAAUGCCUAAACCAAUAUAAGUUUAUGCAGUAAAAUGCUUUAGAACUGAUGAUCCAGAAAUUGUCAAUACUAUAAUACAUACAUUCAAUUUAUAAAGAUAAUUACAAGAUAUUCCUUAAGUGUGCCGAACAUUUGAUCUAUUCAUUGACUAAUAAACAAAACAUCAUUAUCAAGUGAUAGAAUUAUGCGAUGUGCCUAAUUUAGAAUAAGUGCAACGCAACCUAUCUUUGAGAUAGAAAUAAGACACAAUUAAAUAAUUGGCUCAAGUUAUUGGUCAAAUUCAUUAAAGAGGAAUCUCACACAGAGAUUUAAAACCAGAAAAUAUUCUAAUUUAAACUGAACCAAACAUUUAGAUUAAAUUAAUUGAUUUUGGUGUAUCAAAAAGAUUUAAAUACAGAGACACCUUUACUGAAAUGUGGACUGCAACUGGAACCAUCUUAUAUUAGGCUCCAGAAGUCUUUUUAGGUGGAGGUUAUGAUGAAAAAGGUAUAUCUAUAAUAUUUAUAUUGAGUCGACGUCUGGUCUAUUGGGAUCAUACUCUAUUAGAUGCUUUGUUAAACUUUACCAUUUUAUGCUGAAACAAUUAGUGAAACUAUUGAGUAAAUUACUUCAUUAGAUCCAUAAUUUCAAUAUUCUUAAGAAUUCCUUAAAUUGAAUUAACUUUAAAGAGAUCUUAUUAAAAGAUUACUCAAACCACAUCCUCAUUAAAGAUUAACUGCAGAAGGUACUCAUUCUAUUUAUUAGAAAUACCUUUACAUCCAUGGUUUGAUUAAUAUAAUCAUGUUGAUGCAUGUUCAGAUGAUAUGAUUCUUGCUUAAGAUAUUAUGACAGGAGAAAGAACCAUGUCUAAUCAAAUGGGUACCGAAAUCACUGAAUAAUAAUUCUAAAAUCUUAUGGAUAGUCUAGAAUGGGGUAGAAGAAUUCAUUUUAAUUAAUGA